GCAGAUGGGGAGCGAGCUAAGUUAAAGACCGAGGAGAGAGGGCACGCUUUAUGCGCUUUCAAACCAGAGGGAGAAAGAGAAGAGUGAGGGGGAUUGGCGAAGCGAAGCGGCCUACUUUCAUGGCGAUUCCACCCAAGGCAUAAGCGCGGACCGGCGGGAGAAGAAAGGAGCUCGUCCGGCGUCGUUCGGAGCUGUCUCGAGUUCUUCUUUGUUGCGCUCCGGCUUUUUCCUUAUUCGCCGCCGCCGCCGUUGCCGAGUCGCUCGUCGUUUCGGCCGGCGGUUCGUUUUGGGAGGGGGUCGCUCGCGUUGCGCCCGAGGUGCUGCGGAGGCUUAACGCGAAGGCUGUUGUGGUGGUGGGUGGCUAGCUAGCUUUGACCGUGCGAGAUGGAGUGGCCUGUCUUGGACGAGUACGAGAAGCUCGUCUUCCGAAUGAAUACUCCGAGGGUCGUGAUCGAUAAUAGCGUUUGCUCCAGGGCCACUGUUGUUAAGGUCGAUAGUGCCAGAAAUCAUGGGAUUCUAUUGGAGGCUGUUCAGGUCAUCACGGAUCUGAACCUUUCGAUCAAGAAGGCUUACAUCUCCUGUGAUGGAAGAUGGUUCAUGGAUGUCUUCCACGUGACUGAUCAGAACGGAAACAAAUUAACUGACCAAAGCGAAAUUAGCUACAUCGAGCAGUCGCUCGGCACCAUUUAUUAUAGAAGGGCCAAUGAUAACAGAAGACUGACAGCACUCGAGCUGACCGGAACGGACCGCGUUGGUCUGCUCUCAGAGGUCUUUGCUGUUCUCGCCGACUUGCAGUGUAAUGUCGUGGAAGCAAAGGUGUGGACUCACAAUGGAAGGAUAGCUUCGCUGAUUUACGUGAAGGACUGUAAUUCCGGUUCCCCCAUCGAGGACUCUCAGCACAUAAAUAGGAUCGAGGCAAGAUUAAAACAUGUCCUGAAAGGAGAUAAUGACAUUAGGAGCGCCAAGACUACAGUGUCGAUGGCAGUGACACACACCGAGAGGAGGUUACAUCAAAUGAUGUUUGCAGACCGCGAUUAUGAGAGGAAGCCGAUCUUGCAGCUCACUGCUGAUUCUCCCAUCGUAACUGUACAGAAUUGGGCAGAAAGGGGUUACUCGGUAGUGAACGUUCAGUGUAAAGAUAGGACGAAGCUUUUGUUUGAUGUUGUUUGCACCCUUACGGACAUGGAGUAUGUUGUCUUCCAUGCGACCGUGAAUACUGCAGAAGACAAGGCAAAUAUGGAAUUCUUGAUUAGGCACAUGGAUGGAACCCCAAUUAGUUCUGAACCUGAAAGGCAGCGGGUAGUUCAAUGUCUACAAGCAUCAGUCGAGAGAAGAGCGUCAAAGGGUGUGAGAUUAGAGCUAUGUACAGCAGAUAGGGUGGGUCUCUUGGCCGAAGUGACGCGAACAUUCCGUGAAAACGGCCUCAAUGUCACCAGGGCGGAAAUCUCUACAACAAUGGACACUGUACUCAACAUCUUCUACGUGACUGAUGCGCUGGGAAACCCUGCGGAUCCAAAGAUCAUUGAAGCCGUGAGGCACAGGAUUGGGUUCGCUGAUUUGCAAGUCAAGGAACUGCCAUUACUGUAUGAUGAGAAGGCGGAGCGGGAAGAGGAGGCGGUUGGGGUAGCCGGGGCGGUUCUGUGGUCACUUGGAAGCAUGGUCAGAAGGAAUCUGUACCAUUUGGGCUUGAUCAGGUCAUAUUCUUGAAGUGAGGAGCAGGGCAUAAAGGGCGAAUCUAGUGGCAGUGGCGCAUAUUCUUUGCUUCUGAACUUUGAUUGGGUUGGGGAGUUGGGGGGUCCAUGUGCAGCGUUGUAAAUAGUUGGGGAGGUGGAAUUUGGUGAUAUAGUAUAGUCGUUAGUUAAGAGUUGGGUUGGGGUUGGUUCGAGGGUAGAUAGAGACCGUCCCCCAUAAAUAUGUACAGUUCCAUAGGGACAGCUCCACCAUCUUCGAAACGAUGGCUUUGUAAAUCUGUGGGAUAUUUGAAUUCCUUGAGGAGGGAGGGAGGGACCAAAACGGGUGGUGGGAAAAGGGCUUUGUCCUUUGUAAAUAGGUUGUAAUUGCUGGCGGGCGGGCGGGAGGAAGAGUUGUUGGAUACCAGAAUGAUUCGGUACAGUCCAUAGUUUGUACAGUUUCCUACAGCAAUUUAGCAUUGUUGGGCUGUCU